UUUUCGUGUGAAAUAGGUACAGUAUCUGGAUAUGUGAAUCGAAAGAAAGAAAAAAUCCAAAUUCUUCCAUUCCAAACGUGCGCUUCAGCUCCGUGUUUCACAUCCCUAUGAGCUAUGAUCUUCCUUUGGAAUUCCCCCAAUCCAGACAGGCCCUUAUUGGCCACGGCCCACGGCCGAACCAGGCACAGCUCCAUUUCCGCCGCCGCCGUUGGCCGGCAUUGCCGGGAGCUCACCGUUGUCCUCUCCACCGCAUCGGGUCUCGGCUGCCAUCGCCUUCCCACCCGCCCUGCGCAACCCCUCCUCGCCGCGCCGGAACGCCGCCCGUCUUCUUCUCAUCUCGUAGGCGCUCGUCCUCCCUCCCAGCCUCCAGCGCUUGCUGCUUCUCCAUGGCGUGGAUCUGGAUGGUCCUCGCGGCGGGAGCCGUGCUCCUGUGGGCGAUUUCUCUGGGGCGGAUUCUCUCCUACUCCUCUCCGUCCUGUGUGCCCCUGAGCCCGCAGUUCAUGCCCCCUCUCCGCGGCGACAGGAGGAGCCGGAACGUGCUGCUCGUCGUCGCCCACCCCGACGACGAGUCCAUGUUUUUUGCUCCAACUAUUCUUUUUCUUAAGUCAAAAGGUCACAACAUUCACAUUCUGUGCAUGUCUCGAGGUAAUGCUGAUGGUCUUGGAAAUACUCGUAAAGAAGAAUUGUACCAUGCAUGUGAAACCCUUAAGAUUCCACAUGAACAAGUUAAAGUCUUGGACCACCCGAAAUUGCAGGAUGGAUUUCAUGAGCAAUGGGACCAUGGACUAGUAGCAGAACUUACCAUGGAGCAUGUCCUGCUAUGGGCCAUUGACACGAUUGUAACAUUUGAUUCAUAUGGAGUAUCAGGCCAUCCAAACCACAAAGAUGUUCAUCAUGGCAUAUGCAAGUUUCUCCAUGCAAACAGGCAAGGAAAUGUUGAAGCUUGGGAACUAGCAAGCCUGAAUAUUCUUCGCAAGUACAGUGGUCCAGUUGACAUUUGGCUUUCUUCCUUGAUCUCCUUCUCAAGGUCAAAGCAGUCAAUCUAUACUCUAGUUAACAGUAGCCCGUCCCGAAGCUAUGAGGCAAUGGCUGCACACAGAAGUCAGUGGGUUUGGUUUAGAAGAUUGUUUGUCAUGUUCUCUAGUUAUACGUACAUAAAUACGCUACAGAAAAUUUAACAUGUGAUGUGACGUCAUAUCAGAACAAGCCGCCAUUGUCAUCUCCAAUAUCGAACUUGUGUAUUGUCAAUUGUACAUUUGUAAUGUAUGUAUCAAUGGAUUUUAGUUGUAUAUUCUCUAUAGGCAGUGCUCAUAGGGUGACUGUAGAACUUCUUAUUCCCAAUUAUGUACUACAGUGUAUUUGGAAGUUUUUGAUACUGAACGACUGAAAUGCAGAGUAUGCUCAUCGGAUUA